AGAGAGACAAAAGUCCCUCUCGUGAUUUUUCUCACUCCUCUUGUCGGAUUCCUCCUCCUCUCGCCCCCGGCGUUUCCCAUCUUGCGCCGCUUCUCCGGCGAUUCUUCUGUUCUUGUCGGCUUCUCUGAUCUAUAAUUCUCUGGCGUCCGAUUUCCCCGGAAGAAAAGGAGUUCACUUUUUUUCUUUUUCUCUCUGUUUUUUCCCUUUCAUUUGUUCGUUCUUGGGUUUUGCUUUGCUAGUCUCAUGGCUAGAGAUAAGCUGGGGCGAUGAGGAGGAUCAGUGUUUUGUCUGUGAAAUUGAGUAACUUUGUACUAAUGACGGGUUCGGCGAUCCGGAUGUCAUAGCGUUGAUUUGGGUUCUGAUUCGCCAUGGAAGUGCUCUAGUACUUUCCGAUUUUCGGUUCCAGUGGUGUAAUUUUGUGUUUUUUUUAUCGGAUAGAUUGGUUUAUGUGAUUCGACAGUUGGUGGGUUUAUCUGGAAUUCUGGUGAUGGAAUUGAAUAGCGAGUGUAAGGGGGGAGAUGGGUUCAUUGAUAGGAGCAAAGUCAGGAUUCUGCUUUGCGACAGCGAUUCGAAGAACUUGAGAGAGGUCUUCACCCUCCUCACAGAAUGUUCUUAUCAGGUCACUCCAGUGAGGUCAGCGAGGCAAGUGAUUGAUGCGCUCAAUGCAGAAGGACCAGAUAUUGACAUAAUACUGGCCGAGGUCGAUCUCCCGAUGGCCAAGGGUAUGAAGAUGUUGAAGUACAUCACACGGGACAAAGAUCUUCGCAGGAUUCCCGUGAUCAUGAUGUCGAGGCAAGACGAGGUUUCUGUUGUCGUCAAGUGCUUAAAGCUAGGGGCAGCAGACUAUCUUGUGAAGCCUCUUCGGACGAACGAGCUUCUGAACUUGUGGACACACAUGUGGAGAAGAAGACGCAUGCUUGGACUUGCUGAGAAGAACAUGUUGAGCUAUGAUUUCGAUCUUGUGGGAUCGGAUCCAAGUGAUGCAAACACAAACAGUACCAACCUGUUCUCUGAUGACACAGAUGACAAGAGCCUUAGGUGCACCAACCUGCAGACAGGAACUUCAAACAAUCCGGAAAAUGAGUGUUCUGUUACUGCUAUAUUUUCUAGUGUUCAUGUUGGUGAUGGCUGUGGGGCUGCUGAUGGUGCAGCCACUUCUCCUCCUGCUGUUGCAGCUAUGGAGCCUGAACCGGCUCAUCUGGCCGGGUCUUACCCCUAUGAGGCAGCCAAUAAAGAUAGCAAUGAAGGACGAUUUUCUUCUGGUCCGAAGAAAAGUAAAUUGAAGAUUGGCGAGUCGUCUGCUUUCUUCACAUACGUAAAGUCCACUGUCUCGAAAGCCAACUGUCAGGAUCUUCCCCGUGUCAAUGAAAAUGGUUCACACCAUUCUGGUGUAGAAGCUGGCAAAACCAAUCAAACGUACCGAAGAAGUGGCAGGAGCUUUCCCUACUCCAUGGAACGGUCAUGCACUCCUCCCAUGUCGAUGGAAUUCCAUAACAGGAGUUACCAUGAGGGAAACAUGAACACGUCUCUGAUUCCAGUGAACUCGGGUAAGGAAUCAUCUCAAGCCGGUGUUUCUGGUUUCUCUGGGCAAACUGCUUAUCCAUAUUAUAUGCAUGGGGCCAUGAACCAUGCUAUGAUGCAAUCAACAGCCCAUCAUCAUACCCAUGCCUCCUCAGGAAUGAUGAUGUCUCAAUACGGUCAUCAUUUUCAGCAUUGCCCUCCCAACCAUCCUAAUGAAAUGGGUGGAUUCCCUUACUACCACCACCCAAUGAGCGUGUCUUUACAGCAUGGUCAGAUGCCGAUGGUCCAUCAACCUUGGCCGCCGGCAUCUUCGAAUGAGGUGAAGCUGAGUAAAGUUGACAGAAGAGAGGAAGCACUCAUCAAAUUCAGACAGAAAAGGAACCAGAGGUGCUUUGAUAAGAAGAUAAGGUACGUGAAUAGGAAACGCCUUGCCGAGAGGAGACCGCGUGUAAGGGGGCAGUUUGUGAGGAAGGUGAAUGGCGUGAACGUUGAUCUUAACGGGCAGCCUGACUCUGCUGAAUAUGAGGACGACGAUGGCGAUGACGACGAUGAUGAUGAUGAUGAAGAGGAUCAUGUUGAUGAUGCCUUGGGGAGUUAAAACAUCAAGAAGAAGCGAAAUCAUGAAGGGUAUUUCUCUAUUUCUUGGUUGCUUUUCUCCAGUUACCAAUCAUACGAUCUUGUUGUAGUAUAUUCCCGUUUGUAUGAGGCUUCUGCUCGAGUUUCCUAUUAUAGAAUGUCCAGAACCAGAAAUAUCGAAGUCUCUUAUUGAAUGAGAAGGUUAAGGGAUAUCUUUAA